AUGUCUGAAACACCUCUGUUGAUAGUUGAAAAAGAUUCAUCGACAAAUAAUUAUUGUCGAAUAGCAACUAUCAAUAAUAAUGAAGAUCAAGCUCAUGGAGAUGAUACGCAUAUUGAACUGAUAAAAGCCCAAGAAAAUUUAUUAACAAAUUCUCAAUCGGAUAUCUCAUCUAAUGAGCUGUUGGAAGUGCAUGAUGAAAAUUUUCAUAUAUCGAGUUAUGAUAAAAAAGAGAACGAUAUUAACUUAAACGAUGUUUCAUUACGACGGCAGCAACGAUCCCCUAUCGAUAUAUGUGAAUUUGAAAUAGAUUUGGGUAACGGACAAAUAACAAAAUCGAUUUCAUCUUAUCAAACCGAUGAUAAACAACAGCGGGCAACAUCGAUUCUAUCAGUCGAUUCAAUUCAACCAACAACUACAAGUAGAGUACCUUUUACUAGUCAAAUGUAUAAGGAACAAAUAUAUCCCAAGCAUCAGCCUACUGUUGAUCAUCAUGAUGAAUUGAAUAUCUUAUUCAAUUCGCAUGAUCAUAUAAAACAACGACAAUCAAAAUUUUCGUUUCCAACAGUAACCAUGUUGACUGCCGGUGCAGCAAUCGUUAUUCUUAUUAUUGUUGUAAUAUUUUUUAUCUUUUGA